CAAGAUGGUCGACAGAUUUAUUGUCAAAUUUCAACAUUCUUUGUAAAAUUUAUUACAAAUAAAACAGUUAGCAUAAAAUAUCAAAUAGUUAAUAAGAGCACUAUAAAAUGGGUGACCGCUAUCGGGAUUACAAAGGGUCAUCUCGACCGUCGCGUGAUGAUUCUAGGAGGUCGAAGGAGAGGCGGCGACACUCCAGAUCGCGGUCCCGCUCUCCGCGACGGAAGUCUCCCUAUGGGGCGCGGGACUCCGACAGGCCGAGGCACCGCGAUAGGUCCUCGGAAUACGAUAGGAGAAAGAGUUCCCGCGAAUGGGAAGACUCGGACGAGGAAGUACCUGCACCGCCACCACCACCGAGAAUCACCAAAAUAUCCAUUGGCUUCUCAAAACCCAAAGCGCCCAUCAAGAUGACUCUAUCCGGAAAUGCUCUAAACAAAGCACCGAUCAAACCGACUGUAGCGUCAGUGUUCAAUGCUGAUGAAGAUGAUGAACAGGAGGAAAUGCCUGCGGAGGCUCGGAUGAGAAUGAGGAAUAUAGGAAGGGAAACUCCAACAUCAGCAGGCCCUAAUUCCUUUGGCAAAACAAAACAAGGCUUUUGUGAUGCCAAGAAAGUAUUUGAGAAGAAUUUAAAAGAAGCAUUAGAUUCAGCAGAAAAACCAAUCGGAAAACUACCACAAACAAUCUACAAAAUAUCUAAGGGGCCUUGAUAUUUUUAUAAAAUCUAGUAAUAAUGAACUUGUAGACAUAAUGGAUUAUUUUAAACUCUUUGCAC